AUGUCCAGGAAUUUGAGCAGACUGCAGUUGGCUGCAAGCGAUGAACAGUCUGCGAGUGAUUGGUUGCAAGCACUUAUACAGGCAUCGAGUGGGGUUUUUGAUUUUCCUGAAUCGAAACCAGCAAAAGCAAGCACCCUACUUCUAACAUCAAAACACAUCGUGUUGGUACGAGAAUCAUUUGAUAAUUUGCUACCACUAAAGACAACCUUGCAGAACCCAUCUUCCAGUAAAUACCUUUUAAAAUCUGACAAACAAAUAAAAAAUUCACCAAGUGCUUCAAACUUAACAGUCAGGGAAAAAUACUUGGAAUUCCUGCGUCAACAGCAACAAUGUAAUCAGACUGUUGAUACUAAUAGAUCGACGAGUGACGAAGUAAUCGAUGUCGUUGUUGAUGAAGACAAAUUAGAAACUGUACCAGAAGACAUUAAAAGUCAAAUGGAUAUUGAAACCAGUUUAAAGACAAACCGUAGUACAAUGUUUUUGGAUCUAGUUUCCAAUAUCGACAAACCAACAAAUUUUAUAUCUGUUAAAGAAUCUAGUAUCCUUAAAGACGAUGCCAUGUCUUUAGCAAGUGAUGCCAGUGACUCCGUAACCACUUCUGCAAGUGAUAUAUCGAGUGCAAAAAUGCGUCAUUUUACUACAUCUACUGACCAGAAAUCCGUGGAAAAAGUUCUGGAUAAAAUUAGAAGAAAGAUGUCGGCUUCCGAAGGGACUCAACAGAGGAGAGAUAAGAAUUUGUUGGCUAAUAUUAAUAAUAGUAGAAAGUCUGAGUUCGGUAAAGGAGUUAAAGUGUUGAGCUGUGCUUCGUUGGCUGAAGUCUGCUCUGUUAAGAUACCGAGUGGGAAGGGUGUUGAAAAUUGUUGUGUUGUGGAGUUUGCUUGUCACGAAGUAAGUGAAUCCGGUGGAGACAUGGUUCUAUUUUUCACCAAUGGAAAUGAUUUAGACAAAUUCAUAGCCACUCUGGAAGUGCUAUGGUCACACAAUAACACAGACGACUCACCAUUCCCAAUAAGCACCCUCGAUUUAAACAACCAAGUCAACGCUUAUUACGGGGACACAUUUCAAAUGGUUUACAAGAAAAACUGGAUGCCCACACAUUCGGGCUUGAGUCAAGCUUUGAGAAACAAAUAA